AGUGACACUAAAUAAGUAUGCCCCCUUGGAACAAACAACCCACUGAGACUGCCUAACAGACAAAUGCACCGAUUGGAGUACCCAUUUCACGUGCAUAUUUCCCUGGUAGGCAGAAGCAUCGAAUGUAAUUCUGGCUGCUCGGUCUAGAUGAUAGGGCAAUAGCCCACAAAAAAAGGCAGGUUAAAGAGAGAGAGACACACCCAUCGUCUUCGUGUUAUCGCAGGGGCACUGGCGACACUUCUGGAUCUGGGUCGGUGACUAAAUGGAUGAUGUAAGAGUCUACUACGGAUACCUUCUAUUUUGGGUGGGACAUCACAAUCGCGAUACUCGUGGGUUUUCGACUUCGCAAGGGUAUUUUUUUAUCGCGCAGGGUGGGUUGCGCUUUUCUUUUCUCUCGCAUUACCGAAUGAUCUCACGUAGUUGCAUUGCUUACAAUCGACGUCUCAACUGCGAUUUAGAGUGUACUAGCCAGUGCAGUGGCUUUGUGAGUCUGCUUACGUUAUUGUGAUUUGAUCAUACGAACUUUAAGUUUCCACCACGAGAAAGGAUGGCACACGGGCGGCGCAUGUUGAUACUCUCCAAAUUCUGACGCCGCGGUAAUAGGCAGCGCCAGACUUCAAUUCGCUACGACCGCCGUCGCGCAGCUGCUCUCGAGCACAUCUAGAUGCCUCGGUUUGCUGAUAUUUGUUACCGUCUUCGAUCGGAUCUUUUUCCAGCUUCGUGCGGGUCCGCGUAAAUUAUCUUGCGGUAUCGCGCUGUGGAGGUUCGCCGAUGCCGUUGUAUCAGCGAUGUCGCGCAACAGCGGCGGCCGGCCCCCCAAGUUCUGGUAUCUAAGAAGAUAUGGUGCUUUCUUCAACCACGUUGGCGCUCCGAGUUCAAGAUAUGUUGGUUUCCUCGUGCAGGGAAGUGGACCCGCUUCAACUUCGCAGAACCCUGACAACGAUAGUAUUGGUCGCGGGACCACUUGCUGCUGAGCUCCGUCUUGAAACGUGCUUUAGCCGGAAGAAAUCGAUUCUGGGAUCACAAUUUCGGAUCCAGGACGUAUUGUACGCCGUCCUACGCCGUCCUUGGUGGAAUUGUCGUCACGGGCAUAUCGGAUUCCGCAGGUGCUGUACGCCGCCGUUGAUAAUUCUCCGCUUACUCGCCUUCAUCUUCCGACUCCUUCGUCUUAACACCUGGAAUUGCGCGCUUUUGCUAAGGG